AUGAUCACCACUAGUACUUACAAAAUACACUGCAGCAACACUACAUACGAACUCCUCGUGAAUACCGGCUGUUUCACCUUUGAGCAACGUGGUACCAUUGCGAUCAAAGGAAAGGGAGAAAUGAAAACUUGGUGGGUCUUGAAUCGAGUACACGACACUCUGCCUCAUGAUUGUUGUCCCCUUCCCGACUUCAAAGCCAGACGGAAGCUGAAGGCAGCACUCGUCAAAGCUUUCCCCGCCACGGAGACGGCCGGGGUCCCGGACAAUGGUGGUGUUAAUGCUUCUAGCGGUGGUAUUAGCAAGGGUGGUAUAAGAAAUGGGGGUGGGCCGGAUACUGGGGCGCCUUGA